GGGCAUGUCAUAGCCGCGCCACGGGCCAGAAAACUGUCAAAUGACGCCCCCCCCCUGGGCUGGACCCAGCUUCUGGCUUCCAUUACCAAUCCCGAUUGACGGCAAAAACCUCCUCCGACCUGCAGUUCCCAACUGAUUGUCUCGUCACCGUCGGACGAUCGAGCCCUCACUUUUUAAACACCCCUCCGACGUCAACACCUGGACAUAGAAACGAGACCAGGAUACCCGUUUGAAGCGACACCCCGUCAUUUUGCUACUGCAACGCACAUAUCCAUAUCACCCGCCCCCCCAAAAUGAACGCUCCGAGGAUAUUCAGCAGGGUGGCAUUCCGCCGCUCCUGCGCAGCGCUGCAAUGCGCUGCCCCCCGCCGCGCCUACGGCAGCCCGUCCUUCCAGUCCUAUCCCCUCUACUCGAACAACAACACGCCGCCUCCUGCAAGAGGCGACGGCAUCCCCGAGACCUCGAUCGCUACGCCGGAUCCCCUCCCGAAGGUGAACGAAACAAGACCCCCCAAGAUCCCUUCGCAGAUGGCACCCCAGCAGCAGUCCUCGACAGCGCAAACGACGGCAAACACAUCCCAGGCGACCUCGGAGGCGUCGGCGACAUCGUCGGCACAAACAGCCGACGCCGCGGCCCCCGCGCCCAAGGUGUCGGAACAGGCGGCCCAAACCCCCAAGCCGACGGGGCGCCCGCAGCGCAAGCUCCGCGCCCGCAAGGCCGCGAUGAAGCUGUCGCCUGCGGCCGUGAAGCAGCUGCGCGCGCUACUGGAUCAGCCGGAGCCGAAGCUGAUCAAGGUCAGCGUGCGCAAUAGGGGCUGCUCGGGCUUGGCCUACCACCUCGAGUACGUCGACAAGCCCGGCAGCUUCGACGAGGAGGUAGUGCAGGACGGCGUCAAGGUGCUGAUCGACAGCAAGGCGCUGUUCAGCAUCAUCGGCAGCGAGAUGGACUGGGUCGAAGACAAGCUCAACCAGCGGUUCGUGUUCAAGAACCCUAACAUCAAGGAGCAGUGUGGGUGUGGCGAGUCCUUCAUGGUUUGAGGUGUAAUAUAACUGGUGGGCGAGGAGCCUCGCUGCAACAGACAGCCAGCUCGAGGAUGCACUUACUAUUCUUGCCGUUGAGCUCAACGGCCUCGUCUUACACGCGGCUCAGAGACCAGCCGUCUGUAGCAUAGAAAGGACGGGAUUCGGCAGACGGCAUUGGCAUCGCAUUUUUUUUCUCACGCCGGGGCGUAAUGUAUAUCACACGCUCGUACCUGAGCAGCAAAGUUGGGACAAAGGGCAUUGGCAGGCGUUUUUCCGGUGUAAUGAUACCUACGAAAAAAAGACCCGGUUCACCCAAACCGGGCGUGGAACAAUAAUCUCAUCGUUUGAAAGAGCAAUACUUUAAUC